AUGUUGGUGGUGAGCCCAUCUGGGCAGCCAGCCCUGCUGCUCCUGCUUUUGGCUCUGGUGUUGCCUUCUUCCUGCUCAGCCAUAUCCAUAGACGAGGCACGGAAUGAGCUGUUAAAAAGAGAGAAGAUGGUACGACUUGGCGGACAGUUGGUGCUGAAGAAAGAAGAGGAAGAAGCCAAUGGCAAACUCAUGGCGCUCAAAAAGGCCGAGAUAACUGAGGCCAUGAGGACCCAGAAUUUCCCACCCAGAAUGCACUUUUUCCAGGCCAAGGAACUCAUUGAGAAAAGUGAGGUGUUUCAGAUUCUGAAGAAGAUGCCAAAAGGGGCUGCCUUACAUCUCCACGACUUUGGCAUCCUGGAUGUGGACUGGCUAGUAAGAAAUGUCACCUACAGGCCGUACUGUCAUUUCUGUAUCACUCCCAAGGGUAUCCUGAAGUUCAAGUUUAUUCGCCCACCUGCCCCUCCUCCUGAUAAAGAAGACUGCUCAGAGUGGAUUUUGCUGGAGGACCACAGAAGAAAGCUGGAGAAUGUCACUGAUUUUGACAACAAACUGCUGAAGACUUUUACUCUGGUGACGGAGAACCCCGAGGUGGCUUAUUUAGACCAAAAUGUGAUUUGGGCAAAGUUUGAAAUCAUCUUCCUCACCAUCUCUGGCCUUGUCAGUUAUGCACCAGUGUUCAGAGACCACAUCUUCCGGGGCCUGGAGGAGUUCUACCUGGACAAUGUCAUGUACCUGGAGCUCCGGGCCACGCUGCUUCCGGUGUAUGAACUGAAUGGGAAAAUCCACAAUAGUAGCUGGUGUGUGAAGACUUACAAAGAAGUGGCUGAGCAGUUUGCAAAGGAUCAUCCUGAGUUUCUUGGACUCAAGCUCAUUUAUUCGGACCACAGGUCCAAGGCUGCACGUCUCAUCAAAGACUCCAUCAGAACAGCUAUGGCGCUUCGAACUGAUUUUCCCACGAUGGUUGCUGGCUUUGACCUGGUGGGACGUGAGGACACUGGCCACACUUUGUACGAUUAUAAGGACGUUUUGCUGAUUCCAACCAUGGAAGGUGUUAAAUUACCAUACUUUUUACAUGCUGGAGAGACAGAUUGGCAGGGUACUUCCAUAGACUAUAAUCUUCUAGAUGCCCUGAUACUGAACUCCACCAGAAUUGGACAUGGAUUUGCUUUGAGCAAACACCCAGCCGUCAUGGAAGAGUUACGGAGAAAGGAUAUCCCCAUAGAAGUCUGUCCCAUUUCCAAUCAGGUUCUAAAGUUAGUGGCUGACCUAAGAAACCACCCUGCAGCUACUUUGAUGGCCACUGGACACCCCAUUGUGAUCAGCUCUGAUGACCCAGCCUUCUUUGGUUCUAAAGGCUUGACCUAUGAUUUCUAUGAGGCCUUCAUGGGCAUUGGCGGGAUGGACGCUGACUUGAGGACACUCAAACAGAUGGCUACAGACUCUCUCAAGUAUAGUGCCAUGUUGCCUAUUGAGAAAAAGACCGCCAUGCGUAUCUGGGAGAAAAGAUGGAACACGUUUAUAGAUUACCUGAGCAAGAACCAGUUGGCCAAGGCCAAGGCCAAAGCCACACUUUGUUGA